AUGGAGCUCGAUCUGCCGCCGCAACCGGCCCCGCCACUCACAGACCUCACCGCCGCCAUCCACCGAGCCGCGGCGGCCGCGGCCGCGCUCUCAGCCCCCGCGCCCUCCUCCCAUGCCGCCGCCGCGGUGUCCGCCCUCCGCGACGCCCACGCCGCCAUCGGUUCCUUCCUCUCCCGCCUCGACGCAUCGUCCGGCGAUGAUCAGCCCAUGGCGGACAGCGGCGAGGAGCUGGAGGAGGAUGGGGAGGGGGCGCAGAUGGUCGGGGAGGUGGAGGAGGGGCUCCGGGACUGCGGCCUGCUGGGGAGCAAGCGGCGGAAGCGUCCUGUGCCGCCUUCAUGGCCCCUAGGGCGCCGCUCAAGCAGCAGUUCCGAAGCGGCGGCAGCCGCCGCGGCGCCGGUGCUGGACGUCGAGGGGCGGCGGCGCGCGGCCAUGGAUCUCUUGCUGCAGUUCCAUGCGUGA